CGGUGUGGCGUCCUUCAGCUCCACGCGGAAAGGUGGAAGCCGCCUCUGAGCUGAGAGGGAGGGAGGCGGCAGCAGCAGCAGCAGCAGCAGCAGCAAAGGGGAAGGUAGGAGUAACUUCCUCCCGCUCCACACCCGGCCUCCGAGCCGGAUAUUCUAGAAGUCAUUGGUUGUAAGAGGAAGACCGAGGAGCCCUGUCCUCGCCGCCGGAGUUGGGCUCAUUUGGUGUCUUUCCCUACCCUACUCGGGGAAGGAGCGGGAGAAAGGAUUAUCAAUACUACAUUUGGAAAAAAUACUACAUUUGGAUCCAGCAGCAUCUUAAGGACCUAUUUGUACCUCAAUUAGGAAGCUUGCAAGAAAAAAGCAAGAGAUCACCAUGUCUGCGAUCGCAGCUUACUAUGGUGGCAAGUCGAUACUCAUCACAGGGGCCACAGGUUUCAUGGGCAAAGUGCUGGUGGAAAAACUAUUUCGAACCAGUCCAGACUUAAAAGUCAUUUAUAUCCUCGUGAGGCCCAAAGCUGGACAGUCUCUGCAGCAGAGGGUUUCCCAGAUGAUCAACUGUAAGCUUUUUGAAAAGGCCAAAGAAAUUUGCCCCAAUAUAUUCGAGAAGAUUAGACCUAUUUAUGCAGAUCUCACAAAGCCAGAUUUGGGCAUUAGCAAGGAAGACUUAGAGGAACUCCUGGACCACACCAAUAUCAUUUUUCAUUGUGCUGCCACAGUUCGCUUCGAUGACUCACUAAGACAUGCUUUGCAACUCAAUGUCAUUGCCACUCAGCAGCUUCUGUUAAUGGCCAGCCAGAUGCCAAAGCUCGAAGUCUUCAUCCAUUUCUCCACUGCCUACGCAAACUGUAACCUGAAGCACAUUGAUGAAGUUAUCUACCCAUGUUCUGUGGAACCCAAGAAACUGAUUGACUCAGUAGAAUGGUUAGAUGAUUCAAUCAUUGAAGAAAUCACACCCAAGUUGAUUGAAAAUCGGCCCAACACUUAUACAUAUACCAAGGCCUUGGGAGAGAUGGUGGUAUAUCAAGAAAGUGGGAACUUAAACAUUGCCAUCAUAAGACCAUCCAUCGUUGGAGCUAGCUGGCAAGAGCCUUUUCCAGGUUGGGUGGAUAACUUAAAUGGACCAAGUGGACUCAUUAUUGCGACUGGGAAAGGGUUUCUCCGAGCCAUAAAGGCCACUCCAAGAGCUGUGGCAGAUGUAGUCCCAGUGGAUCUAGUCAUUAACCUCACCCUGGCAGUAGGGUGGCACACUGCGGUUCACAGACCAAAAUCUAUUUUAAUCUACCAUUGCACAAGCGGAAGUCUCAAUCCUUGCUCGUGGAUAGACCUGGGAUUUCAAGUCUUAGCCACUUUUGAAAAAGCUCCUCUUGAGAAAGCAUUUAGGAGGCCAAAGGCUGACUUUACAACCAACAGCUUUUCAACUUACCUUUGGAACACAAUUAGUCACAUGGCUCCAGCAGUGAUAUAUGACUUCUACCUUCGCCUCACAGGAAGAAAACCCAGAAUGGCAAAACUCAUGAAUCGCAUGUUGAAAACCAUUUCCAUGUUGGAGUAUUUCAUUAAUCACAGUUGGGAAUGGAGUACAUAUAAUACAGAAAUGUUAAUGUCUCAGCUGAGUAAUGAAGACCAGAAAUUAUUCAACUUUGAUGUGCGCCACUUGAAUUGGCUGGAGUACACUGAAAACUAUUGCAUUGGAGUUAAGAAAUACCUACUGAAGGAGGAUAUGGCUGGGAUUCCUGCAGCAAAGAAACAUUUAAGAAUGCUCAGAAACAUUUACUACCUCUUUAACACCGUCGUCUUCCUCAUCAUCUGGCGCUUCUUCAUUGCAAGAUCACAGAUGGCUCGGAAUAUCUGGUACUUUGUGGUGAGCCUCUGCUAUAAAUUCCUUUCCUACUUCAGGGCAUCCAGCACCUUCAGGCACUGAGAACAAUCAAAAUUAAGGCAUCUUCUGUUGAGCUCCUUGAACACACCAAACUGUGGCCAUCAAACAUUAGAAAUCAUGCAGGAACUUGUCCUUUUACCUGUUACAGGGCAUAUGUGUAGUCAUGUAUUCAUCUCAAUUCCUAUUUUCUCAAUUCAUGUUGUAUGUACUUCAUAUUCCAGAGGAUGCUUAAUGAAAAUAAAACCUCAUUGCAAUCUCUUAAGCCAUAAUCAUGAACUUUGUAGGAAAAAAUGAUCCUAGAAUAAUUACCCAAUUACUGUAUUUGACAUUCAUAUAUGUGGAAAUAACGUCUUUGUCCUUCCUUUUUCCCCCCUUUGCUACAUUUUGGUAUUGUCAAAGGCACAAAACAUGUCAAAGAAUAGAAUUGAAAAAUGUGAAUUUUAAGGGCAAGGGUGUACUGUGGCACCAUUCUGGGGAUUAAAUUAAAAGUUAAAAAUAAAAAAGGACAGAGAACAUUCUUAACUCAUUAACAAGUGUUGUAGGGAGAAAUUGCUAAUCUUUUAACUUUCUCCCCUUCUUCUACAUGUGAUUAAUAUAUUCAAGUCUUGGUAGAAAAAAGUUCCUUAAUUAGGAAAGUAAUAUUACUAAAGAAAAACAUGUUCAUGACACAAAUCUUUUGUAUUUAGGAUAUAAGUUUAAACCAAGGCUCAGACUUGAUAUAAAUUCCUUUUACUUACUACUCCUCAAGUAGCCUAUUACUUUUUUCUAAAUCAUUUCCCUAUCCUCUUCUAUCAUACCACUGUGCUAGUUAGAACUCCAUUUUCACCGUAAAUCCUAUUUAUAUUUAGGCCUCAUCCAGCUGUUACUUCAAUUAGGGCAAGUGGUGGGAGUGGUUUUCAGAGACAAAUUUAAAAAUCAUUUCUUAAUUGAAAAUUAGAAUAUAUUAUAAAAGUAUUAAGUCAAGCAGGAUUUAAAACUAGGUAUUUAUAGUUCUUAGAUUGAAAAUAUUGCUCUAUUUAUAAGUAACCUGAUAAGUCUAGUUGACUCAGUGUUAAGUAUACUAUGUACAGAGGAAGAGUUUAUAAUCUUGGGCAUACUGAUUAGUGUUAAGUUUAUUGUAUUUUCAGGUGAAGUAUGAAACAAGCUAAUUUGAUUGGGCUAAUGAUAUCAGAACAACUGUUUUUCAAAACACUAUUAUAGCAUUUUCUUUCCCAUCUUUCCUAGUAAUUAGUGCUUGCUAGAUGGUAUUAAACCACUCACUCCAAAAAUACAGUUCAUUUAUAUGAUCACAGAUCAAGCGGGAAGGAAUGGAAGAGGUCACCUAGCCCUAUGGCAGAUCUGAGAUUCAAGCCAAAGUUCUCUGACUCCAAAUCAGCCUUUGUUUGGAGUAGAAUAGGUGCAUAAAAUAAUUUAUUAACUACUUACUAUAUGCAAAGCUCUUUGCUAAAGACUGGAAAUACAAAUAAAAAAGACUAUCCUUGCUCUCAAAAGAGCUCACAUUCUAUUAGGAGAAACAACACAGAGAGAUUUCUGAUGCACAUAAAAUGGAGAAGUCCUAUUGCCCUUAGCAUAUAGCAUCAAAGCAGAUGUUAAUUUCCCUUCUUUAACAUAAUUUCCAGUGAUAAAACUAUCCAUUUCUGGAUGUUGAACUUAUUUGACAGUGUCAAGGACUUUGGUGGCAACAACUUUCUUUUCAACAACUAAAAGAGCAAUGAGUAAACACUCUAAAUUGCUAAAGAAUAAUGUAUGCAAAAUAUAGUAAUAAAACAGCUAGUUUAUAUUCAAAUAUUGGGAUGACAUUCAAUAAGAUUAGAGAUUUUUGAAGACAAAGUAGAAUGGAAUAGGAAAGGCCUACUUCAGAGUUAAGAUUUGGGUUCAAGUUUCCCUUCUGAUAUAUAAUUAGCUUCAUGACUAAGCAAGUUACUAACUUCUUUGUCAAAAGCAAUUCUCUAAGCCUGUAAAUUGCAGAAAAGGUGGGAAUCUGCAAUGGUAGAAGGUUUCCUCAUUUAUUUUUCUGAACCAAUGAAUCAAAGGUUCAAUCCCUGGGCUCCAUAAGAGGGUCCUCUUGGGAAAACGCCCAAAUUUCCUACAGUCCAAAGUAUUUAACUUCAUCCCAACUCUGGGACAAAGCAGGUGGGAAGAAAUCUUUUGAGUUUUUUCAGAUGCUAGCUAAAGAAAUAUAGAGAUACAAAACAAAUAUGAUUUUAAAAUAUACAAAUCAAAAUGUAUCACUGGGAUGGGGACAAAAGUUUUAAGAAAUUACUGGCUAUGCAUUUUGAUUAUGUUCAGCAAUUUCAAUAAUUUAAUUAAUCAAAUAAUCACAUUUUUAUUUUUGAUUAAGAAAAAAAAUUGAAUAAAAAUGAGUAUUUCCUCCUCCUUUCA